AUGAACCGCGGCCACCGGCACGGGGCGGGCAGCGGCUGCCUGGGCACCAUGGAGGUGAAGAGCAAGUUUGGAGCUGAGUUUCGUCGGUUUUCACUGGAAAGAUCAAAACCUGGAAAAUUUGAGGAGUUUUAUGGCCUCCUGCAGCAUGUUCAUAAGAUACCCAAUGUGGAAGUGCUGGUGGGCUAUGCCGACAUCCACGGGGACUUACUGCCCAUCAAUAACGACGACAACUAUCACAAGGCCGUGUCCACAGCCAACCCGCUGCUUAGGAUCUUCAUACAAAAGAAAGAAGAAGCAGACUACAGUGCCUUCGGUACCGACACGCUGAUAAAGAAGAAGAACGUUUUGACCAAUGUGUUACGUCCUGACAACCACAGAAAAAAGCCACACCUAGUCAUCAGUAUGCCCCAGGACUUCAGGCCUGUGUCUUCCAUCAUAGACGUGGACAUUCUCCCGGAAACACACCGUCGGGUUCGUCUGUACAAAUACGGCACCGAGAAGCCCCUGGGGUUCUACAUCCGGGAUGGCUCAAGUGUCCGAGUCACGCCACACGGGCUGGAGAAGGUCCCUGGGAUCUUCAUCUCCAGGCUCGUCCCAGGGGGUCUGGCUCAAAGCACAGGACUGCUGGCUGUCAAUGACGAGGUCUUAGAGGUCAACGGCAUCGAAGUCUCAGGGAAGAGUCUUGACCAAGUGACUGACAUGAUGAUCGCCAACAGCCGCAACCUCAUCAUCACGGUGAGACCAGCGAACCAGAGGAACAACGUUGUCAGGAACAGUCGGACUUCCGGCAGCUCCGGCCAGUCCACCGAUAACAGCCUUGUGGGCUACCCGCAGCAGAUGGAACCAAGCUUCGAGCCAGAGGACGAGGACAGCGAUGAAGACGACAUCGUCAUUGAGGACAACGGCGUGCCGCAGCAGAUUCCCAAGGCCGUCCCCGAGGCCGAGAGCCUGGAGUCCUUAACACAGAUAGAACUCAGUUUUGAGUCCGGGCAGAACGGUUUUAUUCCUUCCCACGACGUGAGCUUAGCACCCGUAGCAAGUGGCACAAACACGGAAUUCGAAACCCGAGCUCCAGAUCAAAAACUCUUGGAGGAAGAUGGGACAAUCAUAACCUUGUGAAGCCGUAGCUGAGGUUUUCUGGGGACUGGGGACUGGCUGGGACUGGAGCAUAUACCUGUGAACCAGGCGAGGGGUGGGCAUGGAAGAGGGCUGCGGCCUUGACCUGGGGUUAAAGUGGGCAGUGCUGCUGAGAGAAACCCGGGACUCUGAGCUGGAUUUAAGUCUAAAACAAGGGGCCUUGGCUUGUGAAAUCACGUGCUGUUGUGUUUUUCUCUGGAGAACUGGACGUUGGCGCUCAUUCCCAGACCUGCGUGCGGCGCUGGGUCAUUUCUGCUUGAAGUGGCUGCAUGUUUAACCUGCUGUGCAGAGCCCCGUCGGUUUUCCCUGUAUGUUCUUAAAUUUGAUGUGAGGAGGGCUGGUGGCCUCCUUUGUACACUGGGGACCUCAGUCCUUCUGUUCCCGAUAUUAUGUUUUGAUUUUUUUCCAGUGUUGUUCCUCUGUUGUUAAUUUUAACCACUUGUUUUCUCAAAUGUCUCUUUACCCCGGUUCCUGAGAAGCCGGUCGCCAUUUCGAGGAGUUGCUUCCCAGACUGCACAGCACAGGAGCUCCGUCCCCCGUCCUGAGGCUGUGACAGCUGCUCACGGUGGCUUCGCCUGGCCGCACCCUCCUGGGUGCAGACUGGUUCUGUGCGGCAGGACGGAUGCUCUAAAAGUCAGUGCCAUGACUGGCCACCUAGGAGCUGUCCCCCAGCCGGGCCUCUUUCCAGGUCCCACUGGAGUCGCUCCCUCUGUCGUGGGUGUGCUUUGAUGGCUUUCCACGUCCUCCCUGGUACGGUCACCCUGGAUUAAAAAGGUCUUCACACACAGGACAAACGUGCACUUUCAUACAAAAACAGUUGGGUUUUCCUUUGGGAUUUCUAGGAAACUGUCUUCACUUUAUGAGACGUGCUCGUCCACAGCAGGUCGGGCUCGUGGCUAUUUAUUACUUUCCAACCCAUCAACUAGGACAGGUUAGAAGCUGCUGCUUUCAUCCCUGGCUGGUCCCGCUGGGUCGCGUGCAGACGCCGAGCAUGCAGGCCGGGAGCCCCUGGGGCUCGAGGAGUUAUUUAUUGAUCAACCUUCGUAGGGCUAGUGUGGACACACUUGUGACAAUUGUGUGCUGUUAAAACAAUGAAGAUCCCAAUGACUCCGUGUUGAAGGACGCUCUCAGUUCAUGGUGGAGCAUAUGAAGAAGCCAAGUCCUGAGGAAGUGCAACCACUGGACUCAGGACGUCACUGUGCUGUUCACAUCACCACUAGGCAUGUCACCCAGAAACCGCCAGCUGGCCGCACGGUGGCCAUCUGCCCCCUUGGCAGCGGCAUUCCUGCUCUGACAUUCCGAGUCUUAGAAACUGCACUCUUGAGCGGCAAGAGAUCGGUAGACGCAGAAGGUUCCAUUCAUGUUUGACAGAAGGUGGUUGGUGCGAGGGUCCAACAUUAAGUAAGAACACUUUACAUGCUACCUCU